ACUGAUAGGGAGAGGACAAGUUGGAAUUGGUUUUGGUUCGUCGAAAGUAAAGGAGAAAAGUGGUACAAAAUUAUGUGGAAGAAGUGGGUCGUAUUUGUUGAAGGUCCUACUCUACUUCCCACUUGGAUUGAUUUUGCUGUCUCUGCAGCUACAUAAGCAUAUGCGUAUGGCUCUUUUUCCAAAUUGACCAAUUACAAUUUUUUCCUCUUUUUUUAUUUCAUACUUCCUUCUCUUUCUCUCUCUUCACACAGUUCAAGAUUGUAAAAUUGACUGCACUUCAUUUGACUCUCUCUCCCCCACCCCUUCAGCAGUUCUUGAAAUUUUAAUCUGGGGAUUGGAAAAGAACAAUCUUUAUUUAGUUUCACCCAAGUAAUUAGUGUACCUGCUGUGUAUUUUUUUGGGUUUUGCGAGGCUGCAAGUGUGGUAUUCUUUUAAUUUAUGGGGUUUUUGGUAUUUUAUGAGUAGGGGGUUCUUGCUAUUAUUGUGAAGAAUUGAAGUUUAGUGGGCAUUUUCUUGGUAUUAGUGGGAUUUGCUGCAAAUUCUUGGAUAUUGCAAAAGGGUUCAUUGAUGGAGCUGGAAAUUUGCACUCUUUGAUGUGAAAUUGGUGUUUUUAUUGAUUGAGGUUCAUGCUUGGAUUGAGGCCAUGGAAAGAUUUAUGCAGAGGUUCUUGUUUCUUUAGCAUUGACUUUCUUAGCUUAGGUGAAAAGAAAUGAAAAACUUUCUGAAGAAGCUUCACAUAGGAUCUAAUCAGUCUGAAGAUAUAGAUGCUUCUUCAACAUCAUCAAGGGGUACUACUAGAUUGAGUGAUGGUUCACCAACUGUUAAGUUAUCUCACUCUAAGUCGGAGCACAAGCCAUUUUCGACGAUUUCGGGGUGGUUGAACUCUGUCACACAUAGGCAUAGUCCUAGCCCCCCAUCUUCAUCUAACGUGACGAAGGGGGAGAAAAUGGAGCCUUCUGAUUCUGUGGGCAGCAGCAGCUUGGAUGCUGCUUUGGAUGCAGUGAGGCGUGAUUCGGGUUCUAGCAACUCGAGGGAGAAUGAAAUAGAGGAGGAAUAUCAGAUUCAGUUGGCCUUAGAACUGAGUGCAAAGGAGGAUCCUGAGGCUGUUCAAAUUGAAGCUGUGAAGCAGAUCAGUUUAGGUACUUGUCAUCCUGAGAAUACUCCGGCUGAAGUUAUGGCAUAUCGAUAUUGGAAUUACAAUGCUCUUACCUAUGACGACAAGAUUCUGGAUGGUUUCUAUGAUCUUUAUGGCAUUGUGACUGAUUCCACAUCAUCUAGAAUGCCUUCCCUUGUCGAUUUGCAAGCAACACCUGUAUCAAAUGAUAUUAGUUGGGAAGCCAUUCUUGUCAAUAGACAAUCUGAUACCAAGUUGUUAAAACUUGAGCAGAAAGCCUUUGAAAUGGGUUUCAGAUCAAGGUCACAUUCUGUAAGUUCUGUAACCCACAAUACAGUGCGAAAACUUGCUACUUUAGUUUCUGACCACAUGGGAGGGCCAGUUGGUGACCCUGACAGCAUGUUGGUAGCAUGGAGAAAUCUCAGUCAUACUUUGAAAGCAAAGCAUGGGAGCAUGGUUUUGCCUAUUGGUUCUCUGACUAUAGGACUAGCUCGUCAUAGGGCAUUGCUGUUCAAGGUGUUGGCUGAUUUUUUUGGAAUUCCUUGUCGCUUGGUGAAAGGAGCACAGUUUACUGGUUCUGAUGACGUGGCAGUGAACUUUGUGAAAAUUGAUGGUGGGAGGGAAUACAUUGUUGAUUUGAUGGCCGACCCUGGUGCACUUAUUCCUUCUGAUGCAGCAGGGGCCAAUCCCGACUAUGAAAACUCUUUUAUGCCCAUCUACCCAGUGUCUAAAAAUGCUGGUCCUUCUCAUAGGCCUUCAUCCCGUGCAUUUGAAGAAAAAUCAGAUUUUGGAUUAUUGGACCAAAGAUCCAAAUUCAGGAACAGUGUCACUGAGGGAAAGGAAUCGAUGGAUGAUGGUGAAAAUAAAUCAUCAAAUGCUUUAGGAGAGUUGCCGAUGAAAGGUCAGGGAGGAUCUGAACAGUAUGCUUAUGGUUCAGAUGUGAAGAGAGAACCAGCACUGGAAACCUCUACCAGGCCCAGCCAUACACAUGCAAGAUCUCCAUCCUGGACAGAAGGUGUUAGCUCCCCGGCUGUUCGAAAAAAGAAAGUGAAGGAUGUAUCGAAAUACAUGAUUGAGGCUGCCAAAGAAAAUCCGCAGUUAGCUCAGAAGCUCCAUGAUGUUCUGCUUGAAAGUGGUGUUGUCGCACCUCCAAAUUUGUUCACAGAAAUGUACACAGAGCAGCUAGAUAUGCCGCUAUCAGAGGUCAAGUCUGCAAUGCAAGAAUACGAUAACAAAGGAUCUGAUGACAAACUUAAAGGAAAGGGUUUUCAUAAUUUUGAUCGAUCUUUUCUCCCUCCCCUGCCUCAUCAGGAUUUUCAUUCUAGAGGCAAUGUGGAUAAGCACCCACAUCUCCAAUUAGAUCUGAAAGAAUCUAGUGAACAUGAUGUUUCCUCAGAUUCUGAAGCAACUCCUGUAAAAUACACAAAAAAUGUUCCGGUUGCUGCGGCGGCAGCAGCUGCUGCUGCUGUUGUUGCCUCUUCGAUGGUAGUUGCUGCUGCAAAGGCAAGCAGUGAUUCAAAACUUCAGCUUCCUGUCGCAGCUGCAGCUACUGCAACAGCUGCAGCUGUAGUAGCAACGACUGCAGCUGUUACAAAACAGUAUGAGGCUUUGGAAUCUGCUGUUCAUUCACCAGAUAACCCUGGCAUACUUAGUCCAACAGUGGGUGUCAGAAGUGAUGGGGACACUGAUGUUGCCAUUCAUGAACGAGGUAGUGGUGACAGAGGACAUGGAGGUUCGGGACCAAGUUCUGGAGGGGAGAGGAAAUCAGAUAGGUCCACUGAGAAUGAGAGUUCAAAAUCUGAUUCAACCUUAGAUGAUGUAGCGGAUUGCGAAAUCCCUUGGGAAGAUAUCACCUUGGGUGAGCGUAUCGGGCUUGGAUCUUACGGCGAGGUAUACCGCGGAGACUGGCAUGGAACUGAAGUUGCUGUUAAGAAGUUCCUUGACCAAGAUAUAACUGGUGAAUCUCUCGAGGAAUUCAGAAGUGAGGUCCGGAUCAUGAAAAGAGUCAGACAUCCAAAUGUUGUUCUCUUUAUGGGAGCUUUCACUCGACCUCCAAAUCUCUCGAUUAUUACAGAGUUUCUCCCUAGAGGUAGUUUAUACAGAUUACUUCAUCGCCCAAACAAUCAACUAGAUGAGCGUAGACGGUUGAGGAUGGCACUUGAUGCAGCUCGAGGAAUGAAUUAUUUGCAUAAUUGCACUCCUGUGAUAGUUCAUCGAGAUCUGAAGUCCCCAAACCUUCUCGUUGACAAGAACUGGGUGGUGAAGGUGUGUGAUUUCGGAUUGUCGAGAAUGAAGCACAGCACGUUUCUUUCUUCAAGGUCAACUGCUGGAACGGCGGAGUGGAUGGCACCGGAAGUGUUGAGAAACGAGCCAUCCAAUGAGAAAUGCGACGUUUACAGCUUCGGCGUGAUACUCUGGGAGCUUUGCACCAUGCGGCAGCCUUGGGGGGGAAUGAACCCGAUGCAGGUCGUUGGCGCUGUUGGGUUUCAGCAUCGCCGUCUUGACAUACCAGACGACAUGGAUCCCGUCAUCAGAGGCAUUGUCUUGAGAUGCUGGGAAACAGAUCCGAAUCUACGGCCAACGUUCGGUGAAAUCAUGGCCGCCUUGAAACCGCUUCAGAAGUCGAUCGCAAGUUCACAAGCACCCAAAGCAGGGAGCAGGAGAAGUGUAAAUUCGCAAGAUAAGAGAAGCUAGUGAGAGAAGCAAGCAGCAAAAAUUUUCCCUGGUUGAAUGCCUGAACAGUUUGGCAUUUUGCAGCCUUGCUUUGAGACAAUUGUUUGAAGAACUCAAGAAGACAUGAAAGCUCUUGUUUGAGUCAGUUAGAAUUACUUCUUUCUUUCUUUCUUUUCUUUCUUUUUUCUUUUUCCUUUUCUUUUGGGUUGUUGUUGUAGUUGAGUAAGUCGUCCCUUUAUACGUAUUUCUCCUUUAUUGUCCUUUUAUAUUCUUGGCUUUGUAACGCCACCUUCAAGUAAAUUGUGCAGUUUGUUGUUGUAAAUUCACAAGAAAUUGUUGUAAUUAUUGCUUGUUAACUUUGUUUCAAUUGAGACUUGGACGCCUUCUCUUGUGUUUC